CUUCCUGUUUUUGGAGCUCUCAAAUCUCGAUCAGAUCCAUCCCUCACAAAUCACAAAUAUGGAGUCGAAAGAAUCAAACAGAGAAGAAUUAUCAUCAGCUAAAGCAGUUCUUGUUGGUGCUUUGGCUCCAGGAGUCAACGCUCCUACUUGGAACACACUAAAGAUGGCAUUUUUGAUGCUUGUUGUGUGUCUUGCUGUUAUGUUGGGGUUGGCUUUUUCUUCGAGUGACUUCUCUUUGACUCUCCAUGUUGCGUUCCUCUUUUUAAUAACUGGAACCCUCUUUGUACUUCUUAGUAGGUUUCUAGCAGAGACUGGGUUUGUUUCUGUUGAACAUCAAAUGGAGGAACUAGGCUUAGCACCCAGAGAUGAAGAUACAAGCAAGAAGACGAGUUGAAGCUUUUAAAAUCAGAUUUAUCAAUACAUGAUGACUUUUCCAUUAAGAUUACAUUUUGCACGUUACAAUCAUGAUGAGUG